UGCCGCCGCCACUUUAGCCCCGUUUGGACUAUUGUGGUUCGAAAUUGACGGGCCCGGUCGAAAUAGACGAAUGAAACCCCAGUCUCUCUAGCCGCUGCCCGUUCAGAUGCAAGGUCGGCCUUGUAUCCCGCCCACUUGGUCACGUCCCAGUCGAAGGCACGGGGCACCUUAGGUUCAUAACAUCUUGUGCGAUCUUCCGUGGUGGGGAAUUGUGACCCUCCGUCCAGGCGUGUUGUUCAUCCCGCUUCUACAAUAUCUUUCCCGUCAGGUGCUACUUGCAUGUACCUUCACCACCGCCAGAAGCUCAAUACUUCGCAUUCACCGAACGCAUUUGCGCCCAAGGUCGACUCCGCCGUCGCGAGCGCUACGAGCAGCAAAGACAUCACCGUCCAUCGUCAUACGAGACAUUUUAUUCCUACUUUCAGCCAUCCCGCCGGAGCGCAAGCUAUUUAACGUCCUGUUUGAAACAAAACUCCCGUCAUUUCCAUCCACCGCGUUUUCCCUACUGCCCCAGCCUCGUUCGCACCUAUAAGGAUACCUGCGAAUACCCUCGCCUAUCCCCCCCCCCCCCCCUUUACGCUGCGGCCCCGAUAAUCACGGAGCCCAUACACCUCUGCUGCUAAUCAGGAUAGAAUCCAUCUCGACCCGGGUAUGAUGGCAGGGUUAUUCCGCAAGGUGUACGACUGGUUGCUCAGAACCUUCUGGGCGACCGAAAUGGAUGUUACGAUGAUAGGCCUGCAGAAUGCAGGGAAGACCUCUCUACUUCGAGUCCUCGCGGGCGGAGAAUUCACGAUCGACUCCAUUCCCACCGUCGGUUUCAAUAUGAAGCGAGUACAACGGGGCCAUGUGACACUCAAAUGUUGGGAUUUGGGCGGUCAACCCCGUUUUCGGCCGAUGUGGGAGAGGUACUGCCGCGGGGUGAAUGCGAUAAUGUUCAUCGUCGACAUCGCGGACCUAGAGUUGCUGCCCAUGGCUAAGGAGGAGCUGCAUUCUCUGAUGUCGCAGCCUAGCCUCGAAGGCAUCCCCUUGCUCGUACUCGGUAACAAAUCCGAUCUCCACAACAAGCUCAGCGUGGACGAACUCAUAGAUGCCCUAGAUCUCAAGAGAAUAGGGCAUCGUGAGGUUUCGUGCUAUGGGAUCAGCGCGAAGGAGGAGACCAACCUGGAUGCGGUGAUUCAAUGGCUCCUGAAGUGGGCCAACAGGUGAACGUAUUACUCCUCGCUCCGCCAAACGUCACACCUUCUGCCUCGUCGUUUGUUCUUCUGCUUCUCGGUCCUUCGGUUUUUUCCAGUCCGCCUUUACCCUUUUCCUUUGGAUGUCUCCCUGCCCACCCCAGGCAGCAAAAGUAUGCUACCGGGGAAUAUGAUCGUGGCCCCCGCGACAAUUCCGACAGCAUUUUCACGACGUUAAUGACAACACGAGACGUAAAAGAACGGUUCGAUCUCUGGCCGGCGACGACCUAAUAUAUAAAUCAUCUCUCGCGAGCUUUCCUUUGGAGGUGGGCUGUAUCGACAGCGUGCCUUCGACAUGUCGGAUUUCAUCUUCCCAUAUAUUUUCUUUUGACGUGCCUCGUCUACUCGACCUAGGCUCUGCAUAGUUCAUGGGGACCGAGUCUCGACGGGUGGGGGAAUUCGAAUCGCUAGAAGGGUCGGGAUAAUAUCCGGCACGUGCUUUUUCUCUUUCCUUGGCUGUAUUCUCACGACUUUUUUCAAGGAGCCCCGGGACUUUGGCGACGAACACUGUCGGGUGUUCAGAUACGCGAGCACAGCGGGCAAGGGAGCAUCGGUGUAGCUAGGCGCAUCUUAUGACCUAAUCGAUUAUGACUGACGAUUUUUUACGAUCCCACGCACCACGUAUAGCAGUUACAUAUGCGUGGAACUAGGUCGCGACGC